AUGAUCAUAGUCGGUAUUGCUUUAUUUGAUAAUAAUAAUAAUAAUAAUAAUAAUAAUAAUAAUAAUAAUAAUAAUAAUAAUAAUAAUAUGCAUAUCUUUCCAUUCUGCAAAGUGAAGGAAGCUGAAAAAAACGCAACACAAAUGGAAUUAAGUAGAUUCAUCUGUGAAAAAGGAUUGUUUCAAGAAGAUGGAAUUGUUUUUCUUUGA